AUGGAUGAGUCUGACAUGCAGUAUGAGGUAGAGAGACCGCUUCCCUACAGCCCUCAGGCAGUGUAUGUUUAUGGAACACUACAAGCAGUAUUGAUUGACUUACAGGUGGAUUAUGGAGCAACUGCAGACGAACUGGAGAUGUACUGUGGCCAUGUUAACAGAGUUACAAUACCGUAUAAUAGAUUCACUGGCCAUCCAAAAGGUUUUGCCAACAUUGAAUUCUCAGAGAGGGAGUCUGUGAGGACUGCCAUGACUUUAGAUGAAACACUAUUCAGAGGACGUGUCAUUAAGGUAUUGCCAAAAAGAACAAAUAUUCCAGGUUUCAGGACUACAGACACAAACAUGCGUGGAGGUUGGUCCCGAGGACGAGGUUUCCGUGCCUCGAGAUUUUACAACCCGUUCAGGGGCUGCCACUUCAUUAGGGAAAAUGGAAGAGCUCAUCCUUGGGUUGAUUCUUUUUGAUAUUAAUUUGACUUUUCUGUUAUCUUCAAAGCACUUCUUGGUGCUGAUUAAUUUAUGUUUCAGUAAUUGCAUAACGGGAGCUCAGUUAAUAUUUUGUGUGUGUGUGUGUGUGUGUAGCUUGAAUGACACUACAAAAACGGAGACUUGAUUUAUAUUGACUGGUUACUAUUUUAUUUGUAUAUUUUAUUCCAUUUCUUUAAAAUACUAUGCCUGUGAGAGGCUGAGAUGUCUUGU